AUGACUACAACAAGUAAUAAUGAGUCAACAAGAACACCUUUAUCAGUUGUGAAGUUUCUUGAAUUAAGUCUCGCGAUUUGUUGUACAUAUUUUCACUUCUAUUCAUUCAGUGAUGACGAUUUGGUGACGGAAUUUCUCGCAACAGGCACAUUCUGUGGAUAUGUAAUAAUUCUUACAGCUAUCAUGGCAGAUUGGAUUGCAGGGUAUCUAAUGAAAGCGAAUAUCAACAAACGAAUCAUGCUAUUUUAUAGUCUACUGGGUUCCGCUUUGUUCAUAACAUCAGGCGUCUUCAUAAUUCAAUCAUGGGAUCGCGCUUUCCGAACACGAACGCGUGACUUAGCGAUGACUAAAGGUGUUGUCUCCAUCAUCAAUGGCGUCAUUUUUUUCAUGGACACGAUAUUCACGUUUCGUCAAAAAAAGUAG